AAAGGAUGUCUGUCGUCCUCAGGCCAUCCAAGACAGAGUAUAAAAGCUAACUCAUCUCGUGGUCCUUCCUACCACUUCUCUUUCCUUUCUCCUCUUCUGGGAACAAGACUUACCUGCAUCCCACAGCCAUGUCCUGCUACGAGCGGUGUCCACCCACAUCCUGUGGUCCAACCCCACUCGCCAACAGCUGCAACGAGCCCUGUGUCAGGCAGUGCCAGGACUCGACAGUGGUGAUCCAGCCCUCUCCGGUGGUGGUGACCCUGCCUGGACCCAUCCUCAGCUCCUUCCCUCAGAACACCACUGUGGGAUCUUCAGCAUCUGCAGCUGUGGGGAGCAUCCUUAAUGCUGAAGGAGUGCCCAUCUCCACUGGUAGCUCCUUGGGAUUGGGGAGCUUUGGCUAUCCGGGCUUGGGCAGUGGCUACAGCCGACCCUACCGUCGCUACAACUCCUACCGCAGUGGCUUCUACGGGCCGUGCUAAAGUGUGAGGAGCAAGCAUGGAGAAACAACCAGGAAUGCUGAAGCAUGACCCGACACAGGACUGAGCUCAUGGCCAUGGUUUCCAGAAGUGAUGUUAGAUACCCACAACUCCACUUGAAGUUAAUGGAGCAGUGGGAGCCUGACAUCCCCUAAAAUCCGACCCCUACUUUUGUGAUACCACUUUAUAUUUCUAAUUGAGUACGUAGUUCUGCUGCGCUGUAUUUGAUACUGCCUGGGGUAAAACUUCUAAUUUAGACAGUAGGUGGGACUUGAUUGUCAAGGCAGAAUGCAACACGGAAAGAGCGGCUCUGUCCAUGGAACACAUCACCAUAAGAUGUACCAUUCUUCCUAUAUUGAAACCUAUUGCUUUGCAGUAUUUUAACCUACUCUUUGGCAUUAUUAAAGUUACGCUUUUAUCAUA